AGAAUUGUGCGCUGCAUAUUAUUAUUUAUGUAUUUUAGUUAUAUUUUGUAUUAAACAAUUAUAUAAGUAAUAUGCUGCGAACUGUUAUAGGGGAUUUGGCUAGGCUGCGGCUAAGCAACAGCGCCAGCCCCUCGAUAGUUUUGGUUACACAAGUGCGCGAGAAGGGACAUCUAAGCCGGCCUCGCCAGAAGAACCCUUACUGGUUUGUGCGCCAGCAGCGAACACAAACGGAAGAUCUGGUCACGGGCGAGAAUCGCAAUUUUAUUAACGAAGUGGUGCACGAUACCUACGGUGCACCGGCAAUUAUCAAAGGCAUACAAACCUAUGAGCAAAAACAGCUGGUUAAAACACCAGCGCCACCGAACACAGAUGAACAGCUUUGGACACCAGGUCUACGUCGCAGUGGUUUGAUUGCACGCAAAAUUGGCCAAUAUCCGUUGUGGCUGAAGAACGGUGAACGUGUGCGCACCACAUUGCUGCAGGUGGUGGAUAACCAUGUCAUUAAAUAUAUUCCACCCGAGGAGUACAAGCCAUCACAGCGUCCGCAUGUGCAUAAUCUGAACAAAUACGGUUGCCUUUUAGUGGGUGCUGAGAGCACAAAUCCUGCACUGCUAACCAAAGAGUAUUGUGGCAUCUUUCGUGACUCUGGCGUUAUGCCCACCAAGAGUCUAGCACGUUUUAUUGUCUCACCGCAAGCAGCUUUGGCGGCAGGUACGCCGCUUAAUGUGGGACACUUUCGUGUAGGCGAUUUUGUGGAUGUGCGCGGCAAGACCGUGGACCAUGGCUUCCAGGGUGUUGUUAAGCGGCAUGGAUUUAAGGGCAUGCCUGCCUCUCAUGGUGUUACCAAGACUCAUCGACGUGCUGGCAACAUUGGCGGUGGUGGUGAGAAGGGUCGUGUCUGGCCCGGCACCAAAAUGCCUGGUCACAUGGGUAAUCGCUGGCGUAUACUCAAGGGUCUGCGCAUCUGGCGCAUCAACACCAAAUACAAUGUCAUGUGGGUGCAGGGCAGCUCCGUGCCCGGCAGCACCAAUGGCUUGGUUUAUAUCUACGACACAAUACUGCCUUUGCGCAAAUCCAAGGAUGCGCCGCCUUUCCCUACGCUCUAUGAGCAGCCUGAUGCUGAAAAUGCGCCAGAAGACAUUUGGUAUGAUCAGGUACAUAAUUUUAAGGACGAAACCAUUACCUACAAGCCUGAAUAAUAGCUUGAGAGGUUGGUUAGUCAUUUAAUCUUUUUGUUGUAUAUGUAUAAACAAUUUGGAAGCUUCCAAUUAUUAAAUAAAAUCAAUGAAAACUA